UGUGGCUCUCGGGAGGCACCACACUCCUGGUUAAAGAGGUUGUUGUUGUUGUGUCUGAGCUUUGGGCUUUGUAAUGUAACCAGUUGUUAGAAGUGUCUACCAUUCUCAUGUGUCGUGUCCUCCCACGUUACCCCUUCCCUGUGUUGUGUUUGGGAGUGCUGGUCAGAACAUUUCUAGUCUUGGUAAAGACUCGCUGCUGGAGUACAUUUAUAAAGUGCAUUUGCCCAUAUGUGCAGUGUUUUCCCAUUCUUCUUCUCUGCCAGUAUUACAAUAUCAUUAGCUUUUUUAGAGUGUGAUCAUAACCUCACAUAACACACCUUGCACUGCAACUAAAACCAGGAUAUGAGUUACAUGGGUAGGACAGUACAGUCUCUCUACAGCCUAUUUUACAAAAACUUUAAAAAUUGCCACAUUAACAUUGAUUCCAGCCAGUCAAACAGAGCAAAAUGGGCAUGUAUGGACUUUGGUACAGCAAAGCUGACUUUUUUUGCCUUUGUUUGGUUGGCCUGUGUGUUCACCUAUGUAGGUCAGUCAUUGUAAAUAUGCUUGUCUGUGGAUUUGAGUGCAACUUUGAGAAAUCAGUCAGUGAGAUCUGCUCACACUGCAAGAUAAAUGAGCGAACUCCAGUGAACACUAAGGCAAAUGAUUAGCUGAACACAUUAAUAUUAGGACCAACCUUUAAAUUUAGAAGGCUACAACCAAAUCAGGCUUAAAAUGGGCUAAAAUCACACUUUAGGAAUAACACGCCCUGUAAUUAUGCAGAAUGACUCACAGUGACGGUCACUGCUCGAAAAGAAAAGAUGCACGACGAUCUUUCAUCUGGGCAAACUUGUCAAAACCUUUUCUCUCAAGCUCCAUCAAUCCAUGAAUGAAUUCAAGUGAUACCAUAGCAAGAGCAGGUCAGAAUCACCUUCCAUGAUGAGUUUGUGCACUGACACGUCUGCCAGUAUAAGUGGGACAAAACAUGAGGACGACAUAAGUGUGGCAUCUGUACCAUCAGCUGCAGACAGUGGUGUAGUUGUGAAGACUGGCCGGUCACGUGAAAUAGCUAAGAAGUUUGAUCGUCAUGAACACAGACCAUUCUCUCGCUAUGCUGAAGCUGGAGAUGUGGCCUGUGAUUUGUGUCAAGAAAGAAAGUUAAAAGCAUACAAGUCCUGUAUGACCUGCCGUGCCUCCUUCUGCGAGAGACACGUCAUGGAUCACUACAAAAUACCUGCACUGCAGAGCCACGUAUUGGUGGAGGUCACGAAAAACCUCAGUAUAAUUCUGGAGGAUGCUCAGCAGAUGAAAAUCAAGGAGAUGCAGGAGAAAAACCAGGCUCUAAUGCAAGAAAACCUGGCCUUGAAGGAUGAGAACUCAGGUCUGAAGGAAGAGAACAAAAGACUGAAGCAAAAGAUCUGUGAACUGAGACUUCCAGAUUACAUCUGCAAAGGGAAGACACCCCUAGCAGCUAACGUGGUGUGGGAUCCUGCCUCAGCUCACUAUGCACUCAUUCUAUCUGAUGAUCUUCUCAACGCUCAGAAAUUUGACAAAUGGGAGUGCAUCCUCGCCACAGAAGGUUUCAGCUCUGGACGGCACUACUGGGAGGUGAAGGUCAACAGUGAGUUCAUCAUUGGGGUCACCAGUCAGGCUGCUCAGUGGAAAGGGAAGUUCAUCUUCUAUCCCAGUAAAGGCUUCUGGUGUCUCUGUCACUACAGACAGUCCUUCACAGCUCUGGACGAGCUCACCAAGUGCCUGCGAACUGAAACCCUACCCUGGGUGUUGGGGGUCUGUGUCGAUGUGGAUGAGAAGUGGGUCACUUUUUACAACACUGAGACUAAAGCUCACAUUUACACAUUCAGACCCAUGAGCUUUGCAGACCAAGAGCAGAUAUAUCCCAUAUUCAGCACUUUGGUGAAACAAGAAAUGGCUUAAACCAGGGGUGGCAAACUGCAGUCCUAAAAAGGCCAGCAUACAGCAUAGUUUAGUGAUUUUCCUGCUCUUAACCUAACUAACCUGACGAACUGAAUCAGGCCUUCAAAAAUUAUAAUUUAAGAAAUUCCAUUAGCCUAACCAUGUAUUGUUCCUGAAGUCACUGUGAACUGUGAGCCUGCAUUUAGCUGACAAUACAGUCUAUGUUAAGGUCCUUGAUUUCACUGCCAGUCCUAAUGUGUAAUGCAAGUGUACAUCCAGGGCUGGGAUGUAAUGGAAUACACGCAUUAGGAAUACAUAUUCAGUGUACAGAAUUUAAGUAUCUUUUCAAUCCGGGUCAUAUUUUGUAAUGACAGUAUUCAGAAUACAGUUACUUUACAUUUUUAGGAGAAUACUUUUAGAAUACUUGCCUACUAAAUAAAAAAAAA